GCGUCGAGACCAGGGAGAAGCCGAGGCUGCGUGUGAAUGAACACUGGAGUCCGGACACAGAAUCUAUCGCUCAGACUCGAACCCACGGCUUAAACCGUUCUUUUUGUCUCUUUCUGGAUUCCUGGAGUCUCGCUAGCGCCGCUGAGCGUCACCGCCUGCAGACAUGAGUCGUAAGGAUUACGCGACAGAGAAAGACAAAUGCAAAAGGUUCCUGCAAGAGUUCUACACGGAGGAUGAUAACGGGAAGAAGGUGUUCAAAUAUGGAGCUCAGCUUGUGGCGCUGGCCCACAGGGAGCAGGUGUCUAUCUUUGUGGAUCUUGACGAUGUGGCUGAGGAAGACCCCGAGCUGGUGGAGAGCGUAUGUGAGAACGCCAAGCGCUACACCGCCCUGUUUGCCGACGCAGUCCACGAGCUGCUGCCAGAGUACAAAGAGAGAGAUAUUGUGGCCAAAGAUUCCCUGGACGUGUACAUUGAGCACAGGCUGAUGAUGGAACAGAGGGGUCGCGACCCAGCAGACACCAGAGACCCACGUAACCAAUACCCACCUGAACUCAUGAGGCGAUUCGAGCUGUACUUUAAGUCUCCCACUACGUCCAAACCUAAAGUGGUGCGUGAUGUCCGAGCCGACAGCAUUGGACACCUCGUGCCGGUUCGAGGCAUCGUCACCCGCGCCACCGAGGUCAAACCCAUGAUGGCAGUAGCUACAUACACAUGUGACCAAUGUGGUGCGGAGACUUAUCAACCAAUCCAGUCUCCCUCCUUCAUGCCCCUCAUCAUGUGUCCCAGUCAAGAGUGUGUCACCAACAAGUCCGGGGGUCGUCUCUACCUGCAGACCAGAGGCUCCAAGUUCGUGAAAUUCCAGGAGAUUCGUAUUCAGGAACAGAGCGAUCAAGUGCCUGUUGGAAAUAUUCCAAGGAGCAUGUCUGUGUACGCCCGCGGAGAGAACACUCGUCUCGCUCAGCCAGGCGACCACGUGGCCAUCACAGGCGUCUUCCUUCCUCUUCUGCGCUCAGGUUUCAUGCAAGCACAACAGGGUCUUCUGUCAGAGACGUACAUGGAGGCCCACAGCAUCACCCUCAUGAACAAGACGGAGGAUGAUGCGCUCGGAAACGAGGAGCUGAAUGACGAGGAGCUGCGCGGCAUCACAGAUGAAGGAUUUUAUGAGAAACUAGCUGGUUCCAUAGCACCAGAGAUCUACGGACAUGAAGACGUGAAGAAGGCUCUGCUGCUGCUGCUGGUUGGGGGGGUGGAGCAGGCUCCCAAAGGCAUGAAAAUCAGAGGCAGCAUCAAUAUCUGCCUGAUGGGAGACCCCGGAGUCGCAAAGUCCCAGCUGCUGUGCUACAUCGACCGUCUGGCUCCUCGAAGUCAGUACACAACGGGUCGUGGUUCAUCCGGAGUCGGUCUGACUGCAGCCGUGAUGCGUGACCCCGUUACUGGAGAAAUGACCCUGGAAGGUGGAGCCCUGGUGCUCGCCGACCUGGGCGUCUGCUGCAUUGACGAGUUUGACAAGAUGGCUGACGCUGACCGCACAGCCAUCCACGAAGUGAUGGAGCAGCAGACCAUUUCUAUUGCAAAGGCCGGAAUCAUGACCUCCCUCAACGCCCGGUGCUCCAUUCUAGCCGCAGCUAACCCCGCCUACGGCCGCUACAACCCCAAGAAGAGCAUCGAGGCGAACAUUCAGCUGCCGGCCGCUCUACUCUCCAGGUUCGACCUUCUCUGGCUGAUCCAGGACAAGCCAGAUGCCGAAGCUGACCUGCGUCUGGCCCAGCACAUCACCUACGUCCACCAGCACUGCCGCCAGCCGCCCACUCACUUCACCCCCAUCGACAUGAAGCUGAUGAGACGUUACAUCGGUGUUUGUAAGAAGCGGCAGCCAGUGGUGCCUGAAGCAUUGGCUGAUUACAUCACCGCUGCUUAUGUGGAGAUGAGGAAAGAGGCGCGAGUGAGCAAGGACACCACCUUCACCUCCGCCCGAACCCUCCUCUCCAUCCUCCGUAUAGCCACUGCUCUGGCUCGUCUUCGUAUGAUGGACACUGUGGAAAAGGAGGAUGUUAACGAGGCCAUGAGACUGAUGGAGAUGUCAAAGGACUCGCUACAAGCUGACAAGUCCAGCACCACAAGGGCCCAGAGACCGGCUGAUGUCAUCUUCUCUCUGGUUCGUGAGCUCGCCACAGAGGGCGUGGUCGGCCGCGGUGGAGCUGGCGGCGUAGUCCGCAUGGCCGAGGCAGAGCAGCGCUGUGUCACUCGUGGCUUCACCCCCGACCAGUUCCAGGAGGCCCUGGAGGAGUACGAGGAGCUGAACGUGUGGCAGCUCAACCAGGCCCGCAGUCGAAUCACCUUCGUCUGAGGAACCUGGGACACGUCUCCACGCACGCUGUGCUUCAGCCACCCGAGGGGAAAACUCUUUGUUUUCUACAGACUUCUAUUGAGGCUCUUUUUUUCCCUUCCUCAGCAUUUUCUCAAGCAAGUCGAGCAUUACCUGGAUGAUUUUAAGCUCGACUAUUUUUGCAAGAAUCUGCUGUCGGAGAUUCAGUGUUUUAAGAUUCCUGUUCACCAGUAACACACUUGUAAAUAUCUUUCAGAACUUGUUAUUUUGUGAUCUGCAGUUUAGAGUUUAAAGCUUCUGCUGAAGUGGAUUAUUUCUGUACAUUUAAAAAUUCAAACCGUGCAAGAGAAACUACAGUUGAGCCUUGUAUUGUGACUCCCUUUAAAAUAAAUUGAUGGUUCAUUAAUAAACUGUAUUUGGUUCUUUUUGUCAUGUGUGUUUGCACAUGAACGUCUCUCAAACACCUGAGGUUACUCAUGAGAGUUUUAGUUAGUUUGCUUUUCAUUUAGGUGUCUCAACAAACCCUGUCAUUCCUGAAAAUACCUAAUUUUCUCUUUCAUUCUUCAGAGCACAUCUAUAUGCAGAUAAUUAAAAUCUUAUGUGCACGUUGAUACCUAAGAAUCAUCUUUACUAAAAUGACAUGUAACAAUCAGUCAGUGCACAGGUCGAUCUCUCCAUUCAUACCUUAUAUGUUGAGUCCGUGUCCUCACAACACUAUGAACCCUCCUGCUGAAGUUUCACCUUCAGUGUUUGUUAAACCUGAAACAGCUCUGGUAUGUUACUGGAGCAGCUCUGUUGACCUUAUUGCAGCUUCCACUAACACCUCACACACCUUCCUUGUUAAACAGAACAAGGAGCUGAAACCAGACGCUGUUUCCAUCAUCGUUCACUUUCUAUAAAAAGAGUUGGAGGAGAAAAAAAAGCCUUUAUGUAGAGUUUAACACCAAAGUCAAUCCUCUGUGAUGUAAAACAUAAAAACUCAAUAUGAAGGCCUGCGUUUGAAAAGUUGUAUCAGCAAAGACAGCAUGAAACUGUGCAUGGAAAGGGCUUGUCAUCAGUGGGGCCAAUUCCAUUGUACUGUUUGAUUAUUCCUAAUGCAUUAAAGUUCAUUUUAUUGUUGAUCAA